UAGAAACGAAAUGAUUAAGUGCAGUUGUCACGUCUAACUCGUGAUGAUUUAAAAGGUACUUGUGUAGGAAUCAUGAGAGCAGUUAUAUCUAAUGAACUUGCUGUAAAGUACAGUUGGUAUGGAGUAAAAAAGAAACAAGUUUUUUCGCAACUAGAGAUAUGCAAAGUCAUUUUGAAUGUAAUUCGAAAGUCACACACAGAUGCAACAGACGAGAAGAUCUCUGCUCCAAUUAAAAUAUGGCUGGCUCACGCAAAAGAACGUAUUGAAAGACGAGCUGAACACGUAGCAGUAAAUGAGGCUGAAAACAUAGCUGAAAACGUAACAGUAAACGCAGCUGAAAACGUAGCAAUAAACAUAGCUGAAAAUGUUAUAGUACAUUAGCCCUAACUUUGACAAUGAGCCGAGUACAUCCACGAAAGUUAUGCAGGAUGAAAGUAGCGAAGAGGAAAUAUAUAGUCAUUGGAUUACAAAACUUAUAUAUCAGCUUGAUAUUUCCGAUCACAACACCGACUUAAACGAGAAUAACGAUGAAGCAACUGAAUGCACAGAUGAGACAUCUGAAGUGUUGAUCACUUCUAGUGUUUCUAGUGUUUCAGAUAAAAACUGAUCCGAAUUUAAUGAAAACUUAGAUUUAAUAAAAAUUGAAU